AUGCAUGGGCACAUGGGUAAAAAGGCUGUUUUCUUCUUGAAAGUGUCAAAGGCUACGUUUUGUUUUCUUCUGUCAGGGGAGCUGGCACAGAUGAAGAGCCUUUUUCACUGGCAUCAAAAUUCUUCUUUAAUUGCUUCUGUUCUAACCGUAAUCGUUCUGUUAACAGGCAUUAUUCAUAACUGCUGUGAAGCCUACAACGCUGGCCUCCUAGAAGCAAAAAUAUUUUCUGGUCCGUCAAGAGAGCAGUUUGGAUAUGCAGUUCAACAGUUUGUAAAUGAGCAAGGCAAAUGGUUAUUGGUUGGUUCACCAUGGAGUGGUUAUCCUGCUAACAGAACUGGGGACAUCUAUGCAUGUCCUGUUGAUACAUCCAAAACCACAUGUAGGAAAUUGAAUUUACAAGCUUUAAUAAAUAUUCCAAAUGUGACUGAGAUAAAGGAAGACAUGAACCUUGGCUUGACUCUGAUACAGAACUCAAAAACAGGAGGAUUUUUGACUUGUGGUCCCUUGUGGGCACAGCAGUGUGGAAGCCAAUACUAUGCAACAGGAGUCUGUUCUGAAAUCAGUCCAAGUUUCCAGAUCCUGAGAAGCUUUUCUCCUGCUGUUCAAAAGUGUUCCUCUGUCAUAGAUAUUGUGGUGGUUUGUGACGAGUCAAACAGCAUUUACCCCUGGGAUGCAGUGCGAGCGUUUUUGAAAAAAUUUGUGCAAGGCUUAGACAUAGGCCUUGACAAAACCCAGGUGGGUUUAAUUCAGUAUGCUAAUGAUCCCCGUGUAGUGUUCAACUUGAAUACAUAUCAAACAAAGGAGGCGGUUGUUAAAGCAAUGGAGGAAACAUAUCAGAAGGGAGGAGAUCUCACUAAUACUUUCAAAGCCAUUGAUAAUGCAAGGCAGUAUGCCUUCUCACCUGAAUCAGGAGGACGCCCAACAGCCACAAAAGUAAUGGUUGUUGUGACAGAUGGUGAAUCGCAUGAUGGCUCCAACUUGAAAACAGUGAUAGGUAAAUGCAAUGAAGACAAUAUAACCAGAUUUGGCAUUGCUGUUUUGGGAUAUUUAAUCAGGCAUACACUUGAUACUAAAAACUUAAUUAAAGAGAUCAAAGGAAUUGCCAGUCAUCCAACAGACAAGUACUUCUUUAAUGUGUCAUCUGAGGCUGCACUACUUGAAGAAGCAGGAACGCUUGGAGAGCGCAUUUUUAGUGUAGAAGGUACAGAUCAAGGUGAUACAUUCCAAAUGGAAAUGUCACAAGUGGGCUUCAGUGCAUAUUACUCACAAAAAAAGGAUGUUCUGGUGCUAGGUGCUGUUGGGGCCUAUGACUGGAGUGGAACAGUAGUUCAGGAGUCUUCAGAUGGAGUCACCACCUUUCCAAGUCAUGUGUUUGAGAAGAUUCUACAGGACAGAAAUCAUAGCUCUUAUCUAGGUUAUUCUGUUGCUGUGCUCUCAACUCAAACCUCUGUCUAUUUUGUUGCGGGUGCACCAAGAUCCAACUACACUGGCCGAGUAGUGGUUUAUGAUGUUGACAGCAAUGGUAAUAUCACAACUGUGCAGUCCCAGAGAGGCGAGCAGAUUGGGUCCUACUUUGGUAGCGUGGUGUGUUCAGUGGAUGUCAACAGGGAUUCUGUGACAGAUGUGCUGCUUGUGGGUGCACCAAUGUUUAUGAAUGACCUGAAGAAAGAGGAAGGGAGAGUAUACGUGUUUUCCAUCACAAAGGGACUUCUGGAUCAACAAGAACUCUUGGAAGGUCCACAGGGGUCAGAAAACGCUCGCUUUGGAUCGGCAAUCACAGCGCUUGUAGACAUUGAUUUGGAUGGCUUUAAUGAUGUUGUAAUAGGUGCACCACUGGAAAACCAAAACUCUGGAGCAGUUUACAUUUACAAUGGAUUUCAAAAGACUAUACGUACCAAAUAUUCUCAGAAAAUUUUAGGAUCAGAUGCUGCUUUUGGACAACAGCUCCAGUUCUUUGGAAGAUCAGUAGAUGGCCAUAGAGACUUAGAUGACGAUGGCAUUACUGACGUAUCAGUUGGUGCUGAUGGAAAUGUGGUUCUGCUAUGGUCAAGAAGCAUUGCAAAUGUGUCCAUAAUUGCCUCAUUUAAACCUGAUAAAAUCAGUCUGCUGAACAAGAACACAGAAAUAACUGUCAAAAUAUGUUUUCGGGCUACAUUUAGACCUGCUAAGAGAAAUAAUCAAGUGGCUAUAAAGUACAAUGCAACAUUGGAUGCAGAUCUCCAGUCCUCUAGAGUGACUUCUAGAGGAUUGUUCAAACAAAAUAAUGAAAGGUACAUGCAGAGGGAUCUCGUGGUACGUUAUGUGGAGAGUUGUGUUCAAGACGUCUUCAGUGUACAAGAACCUUCUGAUGCAGUGAAUUCACUUAGUCUGCGCAUUGACAUUGGCCUUACAAAUCCUGGUUCCAGCCCUGUCCUUGAUAUAUAUUCUCCUGUAUCUGUGGCCUAUAGUAUUCCUUUUAUUAAAGACUGUGGUGAAGAUGAACUUUGUGUCUGUGAUCUUGUUCUGAAUGUUCAGCGGAAGGCGGAUGAUGGCAAACAGCAGUUUGUUGUCAGCAGCAAAAACAGAAGACUAACAUUCAACGUGAAAUUGAGAAAUAAAAAGGAAAAUGCCUAUAACACCAGAGUCCAGGCUACAUUUUCGGACAACUUGUUUUUUGCUUCAUCAUCUUUACCGAGUGAUGGGACUGAAGUCUCGUGUCAGACAGGAACAGCACAAAGUACAGUCAUUUGCCAAAUAAGUUAUCCUGUUUUCAAAACAGGACAACAGGUAUCCUUUGAUAUUAGUUUUGAUUUUAACCUGAAAAAUCUUCAGAAUGUGGCAGUUUUAAGUUUUCAUGCAUUGAGUGAAAGUAAGGAAGAACAAGAACUGGACAACCAGGUCAGCUUAUCAAUUCCUUUGCGAUAUGAUGCAGAAAUUCAUUUCACAAGGUAA